AUGGUCAUCGUCGCAAGCGUUGUCUUCGCUGCCGCCACCCUGUCUUCGCUGUUGGCGCUGGCGUUCGUACCCUCCUCUUCCGCCGCCUUCGCCAUCAGCCCCUUCGUGACCACGGGCAAGAACCCGGAGCCCCGCUACGACCAGCAGCUCAUCGCCAUGCUCGGUGCUGAGCGUCCCCACGGUUCGUUUCGUCAAGCAGAGAGACCGGCGUUGCCGACACUGUUCGUCAGCAGCCCUCAGGCGUUGUCCAUGAAACACUGGCCCCAACUUAAAUCAUACCUGUGGGCAUUGAGGAACGCUAACCAGAUUGUGAAAAGAAGACCCAGCAUCGGCCUCAGCCUAGCAGAAUACGUGGCCAGCUUGGAAGACUCCGACAAGUUUCAUUUCCUGUCCAGUCGGGGAGAGGCGAACGAAUAA